AUGACGGAAGUCUGACGAGCCGCGUUCUUAGCCAUCGCGUCAGGCGGUGGGGAAGGCGGUCCCAGCGCCAGGCGGGUCGCAGCUCGGGCCCCACCAUGGCGGCCGCCGUGCGCUCUGCGUGCUGUCUGCCUGCACUGUGUGGCGUGCCGGCUGGUCAUUUCCUGUCUAGGCAGCUCCCUCUAAAGGCCUUUCCAGCAGCAGCUUCAUUUUUGGCAGCAAAGACAACUCUCAGCUACGGCUCUUUGUCACCAAGGGGAACAAAAACCAACCACUGUCUGAGCAGCUUGAGCCAUGCGUUGCAGACACAGUGCUGCAUUGCCUCUCCCGUCAACUGCAUGGGCCAGCAGAACAGGCCUUACAGCUUCUUCACCAAACUGACUGCAGAAGAACUCUGGAAGGGUGCCUUAGCAGAGACUGGUGCUGGAGCAAGGAAAGGCAGAGGCAAAAGAACAAAGAGGAGGAAGAAAAAGGAUUUGAACAAGGGACAGAUCAUUGGUGAAGGGCGUUCUGGUUUCCUGUGGCCUGGUCUGAAUGUCCCUCUUACAAAAAGUGGAGUAGUCCAGACCAUUGGCCAAAGAAGCAAACAAGAGCAGGAGAAGGUGGAGGCUGACAUGAUCCAGCAGAGAGAAGACUGGGAACGGAAAAGGAAGAUUAAAGUUAAACGGGAGCGUGGCUGGAGCGGAAGCACAUGGGGAGGUGUCAGUAUUGGCCCCCCAAGCCAGGGACCCAAUGGAGAAACAUAUGAAGACUUUGAUACCAGGGUUCUCGAGGUAAGAAAUGUUUUCAAUAUGACAGCAAAAGAGGGAAGAAAGAAGUCGGUCCGUGUCCUGGUUGUUGUGGGGAAUGGAAAUGGAGCUGCAGGUUUUGCUGUUGGGAAAGCCGCUGACCGGGCAGAUGCUUUAAGGAAGGCAAAGAACAGAGCAAUUCAUUAUUUGCAUUAUAUAGAACUAUAUGAAGGCCAUACAAUAUACCAUGAUAUUUCAUUAAGAUUUAAGAGGACGCAGAUCAGGAUGAAGAAACAACCCAGAGGUUAUGGCCUCCGAUGCCACAGGGCCAUUAUCACCAUCUGCCGCCUCAUUGGCAUUAAGGAUAUGUAUGCCAAGGUCACUGGGUCUAUGAACAUGCUCAACCUCACCCGGGGCCUCUUCCGUGGACUUGCUCACCAGGAAACCCACCAACAUCUAGCCGAUAAGAAGGGUCUCCAUGUGGUGGAGUUCCGGGAAGAAUGUGGCCCUCUGCCUAUUGUGGUCGCCUCCCCACGGGGGGCCUUAAGUAAGGAACCAGAGCCUGAGCCUGAGGUCCCUGACAUUAAACUGGACUGGCAAGAAGUAAAGGCCAUGCAGGGAAUGAAGCGCUCGGUGUGGUCUGAUUUAAAGAGAUCUGCCACCUGAAGGUCUCCAGCCCGGUCCAGCAGUGCCUGGUGCUGUCUGGCACCUGGAAGAGACUUACCCCACACAUUGAUGUAUAGCCCCCACUCCCUUUUUUAAAGGAAAGUCCAACCUUCUUUGUUUUUAAAUAAAUAAUUACAGAUUGAAUUUAUUGAGCACAUGGUAUAUAGCAGUAGAUGUGAUGGGAAUGUUACACGCAAAUAUCAGGAGCAAUUCAUUGACUUAAACUGGUAAGUGUAAGUGAAAUGGGAACCAGCUAAUAGAUCCAGUCAGUAGUGACAUACACAGUAAUCAUUGCUGUGAUAAUUAUACGUAAUACAUAUUGCUGAGUCAUCCAAAAAUGGAUGUUUCCAAUUUCAUUUUACAGAGAAGUGGAGUGACCUGACUACACUAGACACUAGCCGUUUUCCCUGGCAGCUGCACGCACCAUUUAUGUCCCAUUGCUGUUGGAGCAGGCUUUCUCCUCCCCCUCAGCUGUGCUUGUGGGUCUCUAAACAAUAGUUAUUCUGCUGUGUGUCUCAAGUGGCACCUCUGCCACCUUCACUCGAUAUUGAGUGACCUCAUGGGCUUAGUAGGCAUUCAUGUGUGUUUUGGGUGAAAUAUCCAUUCAGAUCCUUUGCUCAUUAAAAAAAAAAAAUGGUUA